UGGGGGAUAGCACACAUGUUUUGGACUAUUUGGGAAUGGAGUCAGAUACUGUACUCAGAUGAGGUCACAUUUCAAGUUGGAGGGAAGAAAUGCAAGCAGAGGUGUAUUAGGAAUAAGAAGGAACGCUGUCAUCCUGACUGCAUUCAAUUCCAAAUGCAUAGAGGUGGCACUAUUCUUGUACACUUCUUUGGUGCUGUAGGCUACGGAUACAAAAGUCCAUUGAUCAACAUUCAUGGAACUGGGAAGAGUGGGGCAUUUACACAAACUGAUUACCUUGCUCAAGUACUCAAGCCUUAUAUUCAGGAUUUUUUAGCUGCUUUUGCGGCUGUUUUGGGGCCUGGGAAGACCCCUCAGUUCAUGGAAGACGGCAACUCUGCUCACGGCCACAAGACUACUAGCAAUAUUUGUGCUACUUGGCGUACUUCUAUGGGUAUUACUCUAUUCCCCCAUCCUGCAGUUAGCCCUGAUAUGAAUCCUAUUGAGAAGUGCUGGAGGAGAAUAAAACAAGCUCUCCAUAGGCGCCUAAGGCAGCCAACAACUGAGGUUCAAAUGGUUGUAGCAGUAUUAGAAGAAUGGGACAAAAUUCCUCAGGAAUGGAUCAAUGGGCUUAUUGAGCAGCAGGACUUCUGGGUACACGACUUAAUUAAGCGAUGUGGC